AUGACCGGCAGCUCAGACACCAGGUGGAAGUUAAAAGGCUCCUGCCGGCAUCUCCUCUUCUCGCUGCUUCUCUGCGGCUUCGUGCGGGGUUACAGCGCGGCGCCAGCCAGUCCAGUCGAUGUCCUGCAAGCUUUAGAGUUCCAGAAUUCCCCAGAGGGUGUGGUGAAAACAAACGGCUUCUGCAAGAACCGGAGGAAUGAGCCAGGACCAGAUGUGGCCUACCGAGUCAGUAAAAGGGCACAGCUGAGUGCACCAACCAGGCAACUGUACCCCGAUGGACAAUUCCCUCGUGAUUUCUCCAUUCUCAUCACCCUGAAACCCAAACGCAAUACACAGGCCUUCCUGUUGUCUGUCUACAAUGGCCAUGGGGUUCAACAGCUGGGCGUCGAGAUCGGCCGCUCCCCUCUAUUUCUCUAUGAGGACCAACAUGGUCGACCAGCUCCUGAGGACUACCCUGUAUUCGGAACCAUUAACUUGUCUGACAACAAGUGGCACCGACUUGCCAUCAGUGUCCAGAAGAAGAACGUGACACUGAUCCUGGACUGUAAGAAGAAAAUCAGCAAGCCUCUGCCGAGGAGCAGCAACCCUGUCCUGGACACAAGUGGCAUCGUGGUAUUCGGCACCAGGAUCCUUGACGAAGAAGUUUAUGAGGGGGAUAUCCAGCAGCUGUUGAUCGUUCCAGAUCCCCGAGCGGCCUACGAUUACUGUGACCAUUACAGCCCCGACUGCAAUACUCCACUGCCCCAGUUACCACAGGCGCAGGAGGCCCAGCUCCCCCUGGAGGACUCCCUGGAGUAUGAGUACAGUAAUGGUGACUCAGACUUUGCACAUUAUUACCAUCACCUCUCCGAGGAACAGCCAACAGUGGGAGGGGAGGAAAGCCAAACGCAGACAAGCAAACCCAGUUUAUUCUUCAAAGAGAAGACCAUUUCUGGGCGAACAGACACUAUGGGCGUUUCGACCAAGACUCCUUCCAAAAACAUAUUCACAUCUGAGAAGAGGGGUCAGGAGCAGUUCGAGCAGCUGACCUUUACCCACCUCCAGCUGGGGGAAAAGGUAGCCAACGAGAUCAAGAUCUUUCCAGGUGAAGACUGGAAGAUCUCUGAUGAACCAUCUGUUCGCCGAGGCGCUCUUCCCUUGUCUGUCGCCUGCAGCGUUCUCCGGAAGUGGGAACAGAGCAACCUCUUACCAGAGCAGCACACGGAGGAUUAUUACUAUGAGAUUGUUCAAGAAACAACCAGCUCUUCGUCAGCGAGUGAGAGAGGCAGUGAGACCAACAUGGAAGAAGAUUAUAAAGAAUAUGUGAUUGGAGAAGAUGAUUAUUAUCCCGACAAGAAAGACUCAGAGGGAAAAGAACAGAACUUCAAUGAGUAUGAGUACAUCGAACACGACUUCAAAGAAUACAGUGAAAAUGAAAACAGCCUCAAAGGGCAUGGCCCCAGUGAGCAUGACCCCAAUGAGUAUGAAUUCAAAGGGCAAGACUCCAGAGGUUCUCCAGUUGAAGGUUUAAGGUCCAAUGAUCCCAAUUUCAAAGCAGAUGAUACUGAGUAUGGCCCCAGUGAAUAUGACUUCAAAGGGCAAGACUCCAGAGGUUCUCCAGUUGAAGGUUUAAGGUCCAAUGAUCCCAAUUUCAAAGCAGAUGAUACUGAGUAUGGCCCCAGUGAAUAUGACUUCAAAGGGCAAGACUCCAGAGGUUCUCCAGUUGAAGGUUUAAGGUCCAAUGAUCCCAAUUUCAAAGCAGAUGAUACUGAGUAUGGCCCCAGUGAAUAUGACUUCAAAGGGCAAGACUCCAGAGGUUCUCCAGUUGAAGGUUUAAGGUCCAAUGAUCCCAGUUUCAAAGCAGAUGAUACUGAGUAUGGCCCCAGUGAAUAUGACUUCACUGAACAUGAACUAACCGGGCAACAGCACAAAGGCCAAGACUUGAAAGGUUCUCCUGCCAAAGGUGCAAGUACCAAUGAUCCUGAUUUCAAAGAGUACGAUAUUGAGUACGACCCCAGUGAAUAUGACCCCAGUCAUUAUGGCGAUGAAUAUUAUUAUGAGGUGACAGAAUAUGAGGAUAAGGAGCCAUCGGUCACAGAUGAGGAGAACAUUGGCCAAGGGGUUGCUGCAGAAAUAAGUGUGAGCACGAAUUCUCUGGGACUGAGAGGCGAGAAAGGCCAGAAAGGAGAGCCUGCUGUGGUGGAGCCCGGAAUGCUGAUCGAAGGCCCUCCUGGAUUAGCUGGACCCACGGGUCUCCCAGGCUCCCCCGGUCUGAUGGGUCCACCCGGCCCUCAAGGUGAUCCUGGUCCACGGGGUCCAAUCGGACGAGCCGGACUUCCUGGGGCUGAUGGAUUACCCGGACCACCUGGCACAAUGCUGAUGCUUCCUUUCCGCUAUGGCUCCAGUGGUGAGAAGGGACCACCGAUAUCAGCGCAGGAGGCACAGGCACAGGCUAUUCUACAGCAGGCCAGGAUCGCCAUGAGAGGUCCGGCUGGUCCGAUGGGACUGACGGGAAGGUCGGGACCAGUGGGAAUUCCUGGCAGUCCAGGAUUGAAGGGUGAUACUGGCGACGCUGGUCCUCAGGGUCCUCGUGGAAUUCAAGGAAUAAUGGGAGCGACUGGAAAGCCUGGCAGGAGGGGUCGGCCCGGAGCUGAUGGAUCCCGCGGAAUGCCAGGAGAGCCUGGUGCAAAGGGUGACCGUGGUUUUGACGGCUUGCCAGGACUUCCUGGAGAAAAAGGCAACCGGGGUGAGACAGGACCUCAGGGCUCCCCAGGGGCACCGGGUGAAGAUGGUGUCAGGGGAGAUGAUGGUGAGCUCGGGCCCCGAGGAUUACCUGGAGAAGCUGGUCCCAGAGGACUUCUCGGGCCCCGAGGAUCUCCCGGACCUCCAGGACAACCUGGACCUUCUGGUUUGGAUGGACCUCAGGGGCCCAAAGGAAACAUGGGAUCUCAAGGCGAGCCGGGCCCUGCAGGGCAACAGGGAAUUCCAGGGCCCCAGGGUCUCCCCGGACCUCAAGGCACGAUCGGACCCCCAGGGACAAAGGGUCCUCAGGGAAAAGCUGGUCUCCCAGGCCUUCGAGGAGCCGAUGGACCUCCGGGGCAUCCAGGGAAAGAAGGCCCUCCAGGAGAGAAAGGCUCUCAGGGAGUAACUGGUGCACAGGGUCCACUAGGAUAUCCGGGCCCCCGGGGAGUGAAGGGUGCCGAUGGAGUCCGCGGCCUCAAAGGCGGAAAAGGAGAAAAGGGUGAAGAUGGUUUCCCUGGAUUUAAAGGUGACAUGGGGCUGAAGGGGGAGCGGGGUGAGACUGGGUUACCAGGACCUCGCGGAGAGGAUGGACCCGAGGGUCCUAAAGGUCGCUCAGGACCCGCAGGAGACUCUGGUGCAGCAGGAUUAGCUGGAGAGAAGGGAAAGUUGGGCGUUCCAGGAUUGCCAGGAUAUCCCGGCAGGCAAGGACCAAAGGGAUCAACUGGAUUCCCGGGAUUCCCAGGAGCUAAUGGAGAGAAAGGAGCAAGGGGAGUUCACGGGAAACCUGGACCAAGAGGUCAGCGAGGCCCAACAGGCCCACGAGGAGGUCGAGGUCCAAGAGGUCCCACUGGGAAACCUGGAGCAAAGGGAACAUCGGGCAAUGAUGGGCCCCCGGGAACUCCUGGCGAAAGGGGACCACAAGGACCCCAGGGGCCAGUCGGAUUUCCAGGACUGAAGGGACCACCUGGUCCAGCGGGUAAAGAUGGACUUCCCGGUCAUCCCGGUCAGCGUGGGGAGACGGGUUUCCAAGGCAAGACUGGCCCACCAGGUCCGGGAGGUGUGGUGGGACCCCAGGGACCCACAGGAGAGACUGGUCCCAUGGGUGAGAGAGGACAUCCUGGUCCUCCUGGCCCUCCGGGAGAGCAAGGGCUGCCGGGAGCUGCAGGGAAGGAAGGAGCCAAGGGUGAUCCCGGACUCAGUGGGAUUGCUGGAAAGGAUGGUCCUCCUGGAUUACAAGGUUUCCCUGGGCAGCGAGGACUUCCUGGAGGCACGGGUCCAGCUGGACUGAAAGGAGCCGAGGGUCCCAUGGGCCCAGUUGGGCCAGUGGGCUCUCCUGGUCAACGGGGAUCAGCUGGACCUGGUGGACCUAUUGGUCUUCCUGGUCGACCUGGACCACAAGGUGGACUCGGCCCUGCUGGAGAGAAAGGAGCUCCGGGGGAGAGAGGACCCCCAGGACCAGCUGGUCGGGAUGGAGUUCAGGGACCCGUGGGGUUGCCAGGUCCCGCAGGUCCACAGGGACCUCCAGGAGAAGAUGGCGACAAGGGGGAGAUUGGAGGACCUGGUCAGAAAGGAGGCAAGGGAGCAAAAGGUGAACAGGGACCGCCUGGACCUCCUGGACUUCAAGGACCCAUUGGACAACCAGGAGCUGCUGGAGGUGAUGGAUUGCCAGGUCCUCGGGGCCAGCAGGGAAUGUUCGGGCGGAAAGGUGAUGAAGGAUCACGAGGAUUCCCUGGUCUUCCUGGUCCAGUUGGUCUGCAAGGUCUUCCAGGACCUCCAGGUGAGAAAGGAGAGGCAGGCGAUGUAGGAUCAAUGGGACCACCAGGACCUCCAGGGCCAAGAGGACCUCAUGGUCCAAGCGGUUCUGAUGGAGCUCCAGGUCCCUCGGGUGCAAUCGGUUCUCCUGGUGGCGUUGGUGAGAAGGGUGAGACAGGUGAAGCAGGUGACCCUGGUCCACAAGGGGUGAGAGGGCGCAAGGGUCCUAAGGGUGACAUCGGAGAGAAGGGUGAAGCUGGACCCCCUGGAGCAGCUGGACCAGCAGGACCAAGGGGGCCGCCAGGAGACGAUGGGUCAAAGGGUAAUCCGGGUCCCGUUGGUUUCCCUGGUGAUCCGGGACCACCUGGUGAAGCAGGAACUCCGGGUCUGGAUGGAACAGGGGGAGAGAAAGGAGAGGACGGGGAGGCUGGCCAACCGGGUCCACCCGGCCCUUCUGGAGAAGCUGGUGUCCCAGGACCUCCCGGAAAGCGGGGACCACCCGGAGCAGCCGGAGCUGAAGGACGACAAGGGGAUAAAGGAGCCAAGGGCGAAGCAGGCUCUGAGGGACCUCCAGGCAAGACUGGACCAGUGGGGCCACAGGGUCCUCCAGGAAAAUCAGGGCCCGAGGGAUUGCGAGGAAUUCCUGGCCCAGUGGGUGAACAAGGGCACCCAGGACCCGCUGGUCAGGAUGGACCACCAGGACCUAUGGGACCCCCUGGUCUGCCUGGACUGAAAGGAGAUCCAGGAAGCAAGGGAGAGAAAGGACAUCCCGGUCUGAUUGGGCUGAUCGGCCCUCCUGGAGAACAGGGAGAAAAGGGUGACCGUGGUUUGCCUGGACUACAGGGCCUUCCAGGAAGCAAAGGAGAUGUUGGAUUAGCUGGAGCUGCAGGACCUCUUGGACCCCCUGGACCACCUGGCCUGCCUGGUCCACUGGGGCCAAAGGGAUCUAAAGGAUCAACGGGUCCGGCAGGUCAGAAGGGUGACACUGGAGCAAUUGGUGUUCCUGGACCUCCCGGGCCUCCAGGAGAGGUGAUCCAACCACUGCCCAUCCGGACACCCAAGAAGACCAGGAGGUCUUCGGACAAGAUGCAGGCUGACCAGGAUAAGGUAGUGGACUACGUGGAGGGACUGGAUGACAUAUUCAACUCCCUGGACACCCUGAAGAUGGAGGUGGACCACAUGAAGAAUCCAAUGGGAACCCAGAACAACCCAGCCCGGACCUGCAAGGACCUGCAACUGUCUCACCCGGACUUCCCUGAUGGUGAGUACUGGAUUGACCCGAACCAGGGCUGCACUGGAGACUCCUUCAAGGUUUACUGCAACUUCACCAGUGGCAGCGAGACCUGCAUCUAUCCUGACAGCAAGUCACAGGGAGCUCAACUAUCUCCCUGGUCCAAGGAAUCGCCUGGAUCCUGGUUCAGUGAAUUCAAGCGGGGAAGGCUGCUGUCCUAUGUGGAUGCUCAAGGUGAAAUCAUUAACGAGGUGCAGAUGACAUUCCUGAAGUUGUUGAGUGCGUCGGCACGACAGAACUUCAGCUACAUCUGCCAGCAGUCCGCGGCCUGGCACGACGCAUUGUCGGACAGCUAUGAUAAGGCACUGAGGUUCCUGGGCUCCAACGAUGAGGAGAUGUCACAUGAUAACAACCCUUAUAUCAAAGCCAUCUCUGACAGCUGUAGUUUGAGAAAAGGUUUGGGCAAGACCAUACUCGAGAUCAACACUCCCAAAGUGCAACAAGUGCCCCUCAUAGACUUUUUGGUGAGUGACUUUGGGAAACCGAACCAGAAGUUUGGGUUUGAAGUCGGUCCCGUUUGCUUCCUGGGUUAAUGAUGGAGACCAGACUGUGUAGAGCAAUUGAACAUCCAACUUUCUCAAGGCACCUGCAAGUUCAACAGCUGGAUGGAAAUUCCUUCACUCUGUGUGCACACUAUUACCGAGAGAUUACUGAAUGCCCUCGUGGGGCCCCGAUCACAUGGCAUAAACCUAUGGGAGACAUGCGUGGAGUGACCCUGUGCCGUGCCGUUACCUCAGUGGAGUCAUUGCUUCAGAGGAGUCUUGUGUAAUCUCACAGCUGAGAUGCUGAGAAGAUGUAUUUUAUUGAACUGUAAUUAUUCUUUUUGUAAAUUAUCUCUCGUCUUUCAGAACUUGCAAGUGUCUCUC